CCUCCUGAAACCCUGGGCGCAGGAUAACGGGCCCCACUAACCGGUGCACGAUAGCAUCUUUCGCCUCCGAAACAUGCUUCUCUCUCCACCUCCACAACUUUACAACUUUCUCUCUCUAUCUUCGUCUCGUCGCACGCUCGCCAUGCCAAUUUGCAUCCCUAGCUUCCUCUCGUUUCCUCUAUACCUCCAUUGGCCAGGUCACACGUGCUUCUGUCACGUGACAUCCCUUUCGUGCAACUCUAAUUCCUCUCCCUCGUUUCAGUCGUUAGACGCCGACCUAGGGUUAGGACUUCCCUAUAAUUCGCGCUGUUCUUGUUCCUCUCACGUCUCCUCCGGUCCUGUACAUCUGAAUUGAAGUCGAGGCCGAUCAUGGAGCCGAGUCUUUGACGAACUAUUAACUCCCAACGGUGGUAAGGAUGAGAGCGAGGAUAGCGAAGGUUGGGUAUACUUAUUAGCCAUAUUUCAGGACGAGGAACCUUGUUGGAUCGCUCAAAUGUUGUUGUAAUCGACAGGUCUUCGGAUCUAACUAGGAGAACAACACGAUGUUUGAUUCUGAUGGUGGUUUGAACUCUUUCAUAAGGAAAGAAGCUGAAGACAAUGAAGAUGAUGGUGAUGAAUAUGGAACUGGAAUCUCUGACGAGCAUUAUCGAUCAAUGCUUAGUGAACAUGUGCAGAAGUACAGGAGAGUGAAGCUUAAUAAUUCUUCAUUAGCUUCAGGCACUGCAAGAAUGGCUGUGCCUAUUUCUAAAAGGAAUCAUGGCUUGAAAGGGGGGAAGUUGGGCAAUGAAUCUUUAGUUUCUGUGAAGGAGGAAAAGACAUUUCAUGAGAUGGAUAUGUCACCUGAAUGGUAUGAAGGUGAUUUUGAAUCAGAAUAUGGAGGAAGCCAUAGGUUUCCUUCCUCAUUGGAUUCUUCUUAUUUGGAUAUUGGGGAGGGAAUUACAUAUCGUAUCCCUCCAACUUAUGAUAAGCUUUUGACUUUGUUUAAGCUGCCAAGUUAUUCAGAAAUCAAGAUAGAAGAGAAUUUCCUUAAAGAUAAUCUGGAUUUAAGAUCUCUAGCAGCUAUGAUUGCUUCCAAUAGGAGACAAGAUGGUCAAAAUCGAGGAUGUUUGAGUGAAACUCAACCCCAAUAUGAAUCACUCCAAGCCAGAUUGAAGGCUCUUUCAUCAAAUAACUCUAAUCAAGAUUUCACUCUCAAAGUUGAUGUUAGUUUGGAUCCUUACUCAAUUCCUGAAGGUGCAGCUGGUAGGAUUCGAAGGCUAAUUAUGUCAGAGUCUGGAACCUUGCAACUUUAUUAUGUGAAAGUAUUGGAAAGAGGAGACUCAUAUGAGAUUGUUGAGCGCAGUUUGCCUAAAAUGCAAAUAGUGAAAAAAGAUCCAUCUGUGAUUGAAAGAGAGGAGAUGGAUAAGAUUGGGAAAGUUUGGGUUACUAUUGCAAGACGAGAUAUUCCUAAACAUCACAAGACAUUAACAAACUUGUUUCGUAAGCAAAUAGCUGAUGCCAAGCGCUGCUCAGAAAACUGCCAAAAAGAGGUAAAAGUGAAAGUUAGCAGGUCUCUAAAGCUGAUGAGAACUGCUGCAAUUCGGACAAGGAAGCUAGCUAGAGACGUGCUGAUAUUGUGGAAGAGAAUAGAUAAAGAGCAGGCAGAAGUGAGGAAAAAGGAGGAACGAGAUGCUGCCGAAGCUCUGAAGCGUGAAGAAGAGCUUCGAGAAGCGAAGAGGCAGCAGCAGAGGCUCAACUUUCUACUAUCACAAACAGAGCUCUACAGUCAUUUUAUGCAGAACAAAACUUCCUCACAACCCACUGAAACCUUACCUGCUGCGGAGGGUGAAGAUCAAGAAAAGAAAUGAAGUGCAGAUAUUAAAUCUGGAGAAGAAGAGGAUCCUGAAGAAGCUGAAUUAAAAAAACAAGCUCUAAAAGCAGCACAGCAUGCUGCAUCACAGCAGAGGAAGAUAACAGAUGAAUUUGACACUGAAUGCAUGAAGCUUAGGCAAGCUGCUCAACCUACAGAUGCAGCAAAUGAAUCAUUGAUUACGGGAUCUUCAAACAUGGACCUUCUGCACCCAUCAACAAUGCCCAUAAAAUCUUCUGUACUGACGCCAGAGCUGUUCAAAGGCAUUCUCAAAGAGUAUCAAUUAAAAGGGUUGCAGUGGCUUGUUAAUUGUUAUGAACAGGGUUUGAAUGGCAUCCUUGCUGAUGAAAUGGGAUUAGGAAAGACGAUUCAGGCCAUGGCAUUUUUGGCUCAUUUAGCUGAGGAGAAAAAUAUAUGGGGCCCUUUUCUGGUUGUUGCACCCGCAUCCGUUCUAAAUAAUUGGGCUGAUGAAGUAAAUCGUUUCUGUCCUGAUUUAAAGACACUUCCAUACUGGGGUGCACUUUCUGAAAGGAUGGUUCUAAGGAAAAAUAUUAAUCCAAAGCGCCUAUAUAGAAGGGAAGCGGGAUUUCACAUUUUGAUUACGAGCUAUCAGCUACUGGUGACUGAUGAGAAAUAUUUGCGUCGGGUGAAGUGGCAAUAUAUGGUUUUAGAUGAAGCGCAAGCCAUAAAGAGUUCAAAUAGCAUACGUUGGAAGACAUUGCUGAGCUUCAACUGUAGAAAUCGCUUGCUUUUGACUGGAACCCCCAUACAAAAUAACAUGGCAGAGUUAUGGGCCCUUCUUCAUUUCAUCAUGCCAACUCUGUUCGAUAGUCACGAGCAAUUUAAUGAAUGGUUUUCGAAGGGCAUUGAGAGCCACGCAGAGCAUGGAGGUACUCUAAAUGAGCAUCAGCUUAACUUACAGCAUGCUGUCCUUAAGCCAUUCAUGUUGCGGAGAGUUAAGAAAGAUGUCAUAUCAGAAAUGACCUUGAAGAAGGAAAUCACGGUGCAUUGUAAACUAAGUUCACGACAACAAGCUUUUUAUCAAGCUAUAAAGAACAAAAUUUCAUUGUCUGAGCUUCUAGAUGGGCAUCGUGGGCAUCUAAAUGAAAAAAAAAUUGUUAAUUUGAUGAAUAUUGUUAUUCAAUUACGCAAGGUGUGCAACCACCCUGAAUUAUUUGAGCGAAAUGAAGGUAGCUCAUACUUGCACUUUGCAGAAAUACCCAACUCUCUGCUUCCCCCAUCCUUCGGGGAAUUAGAGGACGUUUGCUACUCUGGAGAUUGUAAUCCUAUAUCAUACAAGGUUCCUAAGCUUCUCUUUCAAGAAAUUGCUAGAUGUGCUGGAACUCCGUAUCCAGUUUCUGGUCUUCCACCUCGGGAAUCUUUGGAGAGGCAUUUUAAUAUAUUUUCAGCCAAAAAUAUUCAUCAAUCAAUAUUUUCAAAUUGUACAGAAAGGCCUUACACAACUUCUGGAACCUUCGGUUUUACUCGUUUAAUAAAUCUAUCUCCGUCCGUUGUCUCGUUUCUCGCAAGGUGUUCUUUACUAGAGAGGUUAUUUUUUUCCAUAGUAAGAUGGGAUACAACGUUUGUUGAUGAAAUAUUGGACAUUUUUAUGGAUUUGGAGGGCAAUGACCUCGAAUAUAAUAAAUUGGAGAAAGGAAAAGUAAGAGCUGUUACACGGUUGCUGUUAUCGCCAACUAAAUCUGAGGCUAGAUUGCUCGAGAGAAGAUUCGCGACAGGUCCCGGAGAAGCUCCAUUUGAACCUCUAGUUGUUUCUCAUCAUGAAAGGCUAAUAUCGAACAUCAGGCUCUUGCGUUCGUCCUAUGCAUUUAUACCUCGAGCACGGGCUCCUUUGAUAAAUGCUUAUUGCUCUGACAGAAACUUUGCAUUUCGAACGGUUGAGGAGUUGCACCACCCUUGGGCAAAGAGGCUGUUUCUUGGGUUUGCUCGUACGUCUGAGUUUAACGGGCCUAGAAGACCCGUUAAUCCCCAUCACUUGAUAGAAGAGAUUAAUACGAAAGAAGUUUGUUUCAAGCCUGUUCUUGAGCUAUCACACAAGAUCUUUGGUUCUAGUCCACCCAUCCAAAGCUUCGACCCUGCUAAAAUGCUUACGGAUUCUGGUAAACUUCAAACAUUGGACGUUUUACUGAAACGCCUUCGUGCUGAAAAUCAUCGUGUGCUUCUAUUUGCUCAAAUGACAAGAAUGUUGAAUAUUCUUGAGGAUUAUAUGAAUUACAGAAAAUAUAAGUAUUUUAGACUCGAUGGAUCAUCCACUAUUAUGGACCGUCGUGACAUGGUCAGAGACUUCCAACGCAGGAAUGACAUUUUUGUCUUCUUGCUGAGUACAAGAGCUGGUGGGCUGGGAAUAAAUUUAACCGCAGCUGAUACUGUCAUUUUUUAUGAAAGUGAUUGGAACCCGACUCUAGAUCUACAAGCGAUGGAUAGGGCUCAUCGUUUAGGUCAAACUAAGGAGGUGACUGUGUACCGGUUGAUUUGCAAAGAGACCGUUGAAGAAAAAAUUUUGCAAAGAGCAAGCCAGAAAAAUACAGUACAGCAGUUGGUCAUGACGGGCGGUCAUGUUCAAGGUGAUCUAUUGAGGACUGAAGAUGUUGUUUCUUUGUUGCUAGAUGAUUCCCAGUUGGAGCAGAAACUCAGAGAAAUACCACUACAGGUUAAGGAUCGACAGAAAAAGAAACGAGGAAACAAGGAAAUCCUAGUCGAUGCUGAUGGAUUGGUAUCAUUGGAAGAUCUUGAAAAUGCUGAAUUGCGAGGUGCAGAUGAUGAACCUGCUGAGAAGCAAAGUAAAAAAUCCAGCAACAAAAAGAGGAAAUCAGGUUCUGACAAACAAAACUCUGCAAGAUCAUGGAUUUCUCAGGAGUCUUCCACUCCUGCAGAAUCACCUAUGGAGGCAGAUGAAGCUAGCCCAAUGGUUCUGGAUGAGAAGCCAUCCAAACCAAAGAGACCAAAGAAAAGAGCCAACGGAAACCUCGAACCUUCACCUUCUUCUGUCUCGGGAUCAGUCACAUUGAACUCCAUCGAACAUUUUCCGCCAUCCACAUUCGAGUACGCUCAUGGGAUUGAUGCAGCCAUUGCUCCCGAAGCCAUGGGAUUACUACAAUCUGGCAACACGAUAGAACAGUAUUGAAAACCUGAUAUGAGUAUUUCAGAGGAUUUCUAAAGUGACAGAGAGAGGAGCUGGCCCUGAAGUCUUGAGUACGCAUAAUUAAACGUGCUCGCGAGGAAUUCUUGGAUUUCAGGUGAGAAAUUCUUCAGAUUUAUGUACAGUGUAUUUAAAAUGGAUGCAAAUCUGGAGCGAUGAGGGCCAUCUCUGGUGAAAUUUUCUGGGUAGCUGGGUUUUUCCGUGUAUAUUUAAAAUUUUGGUUAGAGUCAUCAUUGAUGUACAGCUGAAUCCAACAAAUAUAAUUUUUUUUUAAAGUUUAUAGUGCUCUUUGCAAGCUGAUUG